AUGCCACCACUGUUGUUGCAACUACCGUCGCCUCCAUGGCCACAAUUGUCGUUGUCGUCACCACCACUAUUGUCGUCGCCGCUACUGUCAAUGUCGUCUUUACUGCCACCACCACCUUCGCCAUCACCACUACCUCCAAAUCAAUCGAUCGAAGCAAUAGGAGCUCAUUGUUUGGAAUUGAAGCUGGGACUUGAAAUCGUAGACUGUAACAUGUCAGAAUCAUCUAACAGUGAUGAGGUGUAUGAUUUGGUAGAAGAUGAUGAUACGGACUCACACAUUUCAGAUAUAAUGGAAUGCGAGCAUGUACCUAAUGAAGAGGUGCAUACUUUUGACAAAACAAUUGAUGAUGAAUUUUUGAACAAGUUUCCAGGUAAAACCAUUCCUAAUAGUAAUGAAGAAGAAGUAAAUGAUGAUGAUGAAGCGAGUAAUGAAGAUGAUGAGGUUGUGUUCCCUGUCUUUGAUGAGAAUCAAGCAUGGGAUAAAUGGCACAAUUUUUGUUAUGAAUUUUUCCAACCCAAUGGAAUUUAA